AUGUUUAGAGCCUCGCGGUUAGUAAUUACUAGCCUCAUGGUCGGCAAGAGCACUCUCUUCUUCAACAAACAUCAAAUGAUUUUGCUCAUUUUCUUGCCAAUAGUUCUUUACGCAGGAAUUUUAGAAGACUUGGAUGAUGUUGUACAAUAUUAUGAUUGUGAUCUUAAAUGCACAUUUAAUCACUCUGAGAUGACAUCAGAAACUAUAAAGUUUUUCCCGAAAAAUUGCACUAACAUAUGUGGAAUUUUAGUUUUUAACUCAAAAACUGACCUGUCCGAAAAUGAAAUUGUAAAUUUAUUUAUGCCAGUGUUAGUACUAUCUGGAGGAAUGCGAGUUGAAAAUUCAAGCUUCACGAGUUUGGGGUUUUUAUCUUAUAAAGGAUUAUACUUUCGUUUUCUAUGUGACAGGCAUGGCAUGGUCAUUGCAAAUAAUCACUUGUUAACUGAUGUGAGUGUUUUAGAAGGAUUUCUGAGAUUAUCUGGUGAAAAUGGGUGCAAGUUCAAUAUUGAGAAUAACACUGCUUUGGAUACAUGCUGGUUGGGGAAGCCAGAAGUUUUUACUUUUUUCAUAGAUCUAGUAACUCGUGGGAACCUCAAAGAUUGCACGUGCCGCUACAACUCCUCUGAACCACAACAGCCUACAAAUUGCAAAGCUCUGAAAGGAGGACUUAACAUCACUGGUAUCACCAAUUCCAGUGAUUUAUCUUUUCUUACAAGCAUUGAAAAGAUUAUGGGAAAUUUGGAAAUUGGGAAUACCAAUCUAAAGAAUAUAUCAUUUCUGAAAAAUUUGAAGAUCUUCGAGUCGGCCAAUGGUGGAAUGAACUAUAAAGUCUCAGUGAAUAUUCACGACAAUUAUGAGAUGACACGGCUCGGGCUCGAAAGUGUGGAAACGCUCAUUGAUCUGUUCCACGGUCCAUUCCUCAUCAAUCUGGAAAACUUGCAUCCCGACUUCUGCAUCACGUUUCGCGAAUGGAGGAUAUUUUUGGAAAAUUACGUGGAAUUUCACAACCUUAAAGACGCAAAGCUCUGCCAAGAAUUGGAGUCGGCUCAAGAAAGUGACUUCGUUUUUUGCAACUUUACAAGUAUGGCUGUUUUACCAAUCGUUUGUCAAGUUAUUGUCGGUGACGUCAUCAUUGAUGCAAAUGACGGACAGUAUUUGAAAAAACUAAUGUACAUUUCGUAUAUAUUCGGAACUCUGAAGGUUCAGUACACAAAAGCGGAUGGGUUGGAAUUUCUGACGGGACUAGAGUAUAUUGUCUCAUUGGACGAAGGAAAAGCUCCAAUUACUAUACGCUCCAACAAGUAUCUCAAAGAUGCCAGACUACCAUAUAUCAAGCACAUAAUCUCAAAGAACGAGAAAUCAGUAGUGAUAUACGACAAUCCAAUUUUAUUUGAAAACAACGAACACUGCAAAAUGUAUCAGUUAACUUUUAAUACGAAUCUGAAAAUUGAAAAUGGGGAUUGCGAGAAAAGGGUCUAUAAGACGUCACAUCUCCUAAAUCUGUUUUUGAUAUUUUCUCUUAUAAGUCUGAUUGUUUUUACUUAUUUGUAGACGAUAUUAAUGUUUUGUGUGUUUGGUUACCGAACUAUAGUAUUUAGAUUUUAUAUUGAAAUAGUUUUUUGAUUAUUUUUGAAUAAUAAAUUUUAUA